UUAUGUUCCAUUUAAAAUGUUGCUUAUAUCAGUGCCUAUCCUUAUAUCAGAAACUAACCUUAUAAAACCCAAGUCCUCCCUAUACACUCCAUUCAUUUCUAUCGCUUUAAAUCUUCUCUUUUUCUCUUCCAAUAUCUAUGGAGCUCUUCUCUGUCCAAACGUUCCUCUUCUUAUUUCUUCUUUCUCUAUAUCUCUACUUUUACUUUAACACUUCCACAGAAAAACCCAUAAAAAAACCAGGCCCAAAAAUAUACCCUAUUUUUGGAGUUUUACCUGAUUUCUGGAAAAAUAGGCACCGUUUUCUUGACUGGUUAACUGAAAUUCUGAGAGAUCGCCCAACAAACACUAAUGUAAUUUGGAGUCCAAUCAAGGGCUAUGUCUUCGUCACAGCCAACCCAUCCAACGUUGAACACAUGCUCAAGACCAACUUUGAAAACUACCCAAAAGGAAAUUGUUUCACAACCCUUCUCGAAGACUUUCUUGGCCAUGGAAUCUUCAACUCCGAUGGUGAACUCUGGAAAAUCCAAAGGAAAACAGCUAGCUAUGAAUUCAACACCAAAUCUCUCCGCAACUUUAUCAUGGAAAACGUCACCGUUGAGAUCAGUACAAGACUGCUUCCCGUUUUAACAAAAGCCUCAGAAACACAACAAGUCUUGGACUUGCAAGACAUCUUGGAGCGUUUUGCGUUUGACAAUAUAUGUAAAUUGGCUUUCAAUAUCGACCCAAGUUGUCUUAGCAUUAAUGGAACUGGUGCUUCUGAGUUCAUGCGGGCUUUUGAAGAAGCUACAACAAUUUGCUCUGAGAGAUUCUUGGAUGCGUUACCAUUUAUUGCAAAAGUCAAAAAGUUUCUAAAUAUUGGAUCAGAACGAAGGCUAAAAAAAUCAAUCAAAAUCGUCCAUGAAUUUGCAGACAAUAUUAUACGAUCCAGAAUGGGCCAAAAAGUUGAUAAAGAAAAAGACCUAUUGUCUCGUUUUAUGUCAAACGAAGAAAAUUCACCCGAAUUUCUCAGAGAUAUUGUCAUAAGCUUUAUUCUAGCAGGACGUGACACAACCUCUUCGUCUUUGAGUUGGUUCUUUUGGCUCUUAUCUUCGCAUCCAAAAGUGGAACAAAACAUAUUGAAAGAGCUUGAAACUAUACGGGUUCGUUAUAGAAAAAACAUAGGUGAAACAUAUAGUUACAACGAGCUUCAUGACAUGCAUUAUCUACAUGCAGCAAUCUCAGAAGCACUAAGACUUUACCCACCUUUACCGGCCGAUACCAAAACAUGUUUAAACGGUGAUAUAAUGCCAGACGGAACUUUUGUUGGGAAGGGUUGGCAGGUGACUUAUCACAUGUAUGGAAUGGGGAGGAUGGAAAGCAUUUGGGGGAAGAAUUGUUUUGAGUUUUUGCCUGAAAGAUGGAUUGAGAAUGGAGUGUUUAAGCAUGAGAGCCCGUUUCGGUUUGCAGUAUUUCAAGCCGGGCCAAGAAUCUGUCUUGGUAAAGAUAUGGCUUAUAUUCAGAUGAAGUCCAUUGCUGCGUCUGUGUUGGAGAGGUUUGAGAUGGAGGUAAAGAGUAAGGGCAAGGUACCUGAGUACUUGUUGGCCUUUACGCUGAGGAUGAAAGGUGGAUUACCUCUAAGGGUGAGGAAAAGAUGUAUCGAUGAGAUUAAUUGGUGUGAAUCAUGA